GUACGGAUGUUUAUUGCAUCUUACACUCGCUGUGCGGUUGCUGCGAUCGAAGUUUCCUCAGUGGUUGUAAGCUGCGAUGACCCAAUUGAAAUUAUUGACAUCCUCCGGAUUGCCUCCACCACUCAGAUCCCCGACCGGGCAGGCGGAAGCAGAUUUCCCCAUUGGCCCGUGAUCGAUCGUGCGGGGAAGAGGAUCGGUCCUCUCAGUCUCUCCACACGUUCCUGGAAGUGUGAGCUCGUUCCUGCGAAGUGCGAACUCGUUCGAGUGGACACAGACAUAUCACAUAUCACAUAUCCCAUCCGGCACCUUGUCCUCCCCUCUUUCUUUCCUCUCCACCCCAUUGCCUCUCCUCAUCGCCUCUCCACAUCACCUCUCCCCAUCCGAAUCUUCCAUUCAUCCCCUCCUUCAUCCCUUCAUCCAAACUCACAAACUAGGUUCAACUCGUCAUGCCUCCUUUCGUCCCUCCCCUGGCCGACCCCUCAAAGGUCAACCCGAGCCUGAGCGCCGAGCGUGCCUUGGUCUCCUUCAACGUCGAGACCCUGACCCAGUUCCUGCACGGUGCCAACCUCGACAAACAGCGUCACAUCCGUGCGCAAAUUGAGCAGGACCCCGUCUUCUCCAAUGCCGACAAACCCUUCCUGAGCCGCGAGCGCCUCUACGUGCGCUCACUCGAAAAGGCUGCCAAGCUGGUCGAGAUGCGAAAGAAGAACAAGUGGUCUGAAGAAGAUAUGUUGAUCGCCAUGAUGAUGGUCGGCGACUCAACUCCUCAGUUCCUGCAUGAAGCCCUGUUUAUCCCCACGCUCAGAACACAGCUUACGGAUGAACAGCAAAAGGUCUGGCUCCCAAGAGCUGAGAACUAUGAGAUCUUUGGAUGCUAUGCCCAGACGGAGUUGGCCCACGGAAGCAACUUGAGAAAGCUGGAGACCACGGCCACGUUCAUUCCUGAGACUGACGAGUUCGAGAUCGAUACCCCCACCAUCAACUCGAUGAAGUGGUGGCCUGGUGCUCUGGCCCAGACAAGCACGCACUGCGCCAUCUACGCGCGUCUGAUUCUUCACGGAAAGGACUAUGGUGUCCAUCCAUUCUUGCUCCAGAUCCGUGCUCCCGGUACCCAUGAUUCUAUGCCCGGUAUCGAACUGGGUAACCUCGGUAGCAAGAUUGGAUUCAACACGAUCGACAACGGCUUCAUGAGGGUCCACAAGGUCCGUAUCCCUAGGGACCAGAUGAUGAUGCGAAACUCCAGGGUCACUCGGGAGGGCAAGUACGAACCCGCCAAGAACGCCAAGAUGAACUAUUCGACCAUGGUGGCGAUUCGUGCCAAUAUUGUUAGGAAUGCUGGAUUUGCGCUGGGUCAGACCUUGACGAUCGCUAUCCGCUACUCGAUGGUCCGACUCCAGGGCGGUGAUCGACUCCCAUCACAGCAGGGACAGGAGGUCAAGGUUAUUGAUCAUGGAAUGCAGCGCUUCCGUUUGACAACCUCAUUGGCCCUUAGCUACGCUAUGUUGAUGACCGGUCGUGUCAUGACAGAGCUUCACCGUCGCAACUUGAAGAAUGUGAUCCAGGGCGAGGUCGGUCUUAUGGCUGAGGUGCAUGCGACCUCCUCAGGAUUGAAGGCCCUGACUUCCGAUUUGGCCACAGCUCAGAUGGAGGACACUAGACGUGCCUGCGGAGGACAUGGCUUUGCAUGGUGCGGCGGUAUCGUCGACAUCUUGACAACAACACUUCAGGAUGUCACUGUGGAAGGUGAGAACACCAUUCUUCACCUCCAGACAUCUCGCUGGUUACUCAAAACUGUCCUCCAAACUCUUAAGACCAAGGACUUAUCUGCUGUCCCUGCUGGAUUAAGGAACGCUCUUCAAGGCGGCGAACGUGUCCUCGACCAGGAGUCCUCGACAAUCGCGCCAGGAAAGCCCGUUACUGGUGAUGCCUUAAUUACCGCCUUCUGGCACCGUGAGGCGCGUGUUCUUCAGGAGGUCGUCGCGCGUAUCCUCAAGGAUGGUGGCGGAGAGGAGGCGAUGGCAAAGUCCCAGGUCCGCAUGGUCGAGCUGUCCAGGACGCACGGCGAAGGCAUGUUGGUCCGCAACUUUUACGAGGCCAUCCAAAAGGGGGAGCAGGCCAUUCGUGAGCAGGGCGGUGAUUCCAGCAAGGGUUACCUUCCUGUCCUGAAGAUGCUUUGCGAACUUCACGGUAUCCAUCGUCUUUUGGAGCAGGCAGGCGAUUUUGUCGAGGACGGAUAUGUCUCGAGAGAGCAGCUCGUUUGGUGCAGAGAGCGUCGUGCUCAGUUGAUCGACUUGUUGAGAUAUGAGCUGAUUGGAUUGGUCGAUGCAUUCGAUAUCUCGGACAACCAGCUCAACUCGGCCAUCGGUCGGUAUGACGGACGCGUGUACGAGUCCUUGUACGAAUGGGCAAAGUAUGGAAUGACCAUCGCGGAGAAGGGCAAGAACGGAGGUGUCUUGGGAUUUGAUGAGGUCAUGAAGGACGUCCUUGCCGAAGGCCGCCGCCUCAAUGGCGUUGCCGCUCCCAAGCUGUGAGGAAAUGAGUGUAUUUAUCGUGUAAUAAAAAUCCGAAAGAGUUAAAUUCCUUUUUAACAAAA